AUGAAUAAUAGUAUUAUUGCUGUGGACAUUAUUCCGGAUAAUGAUGGAAAAGUAGUAAUGUACGGUGAACCAAAUAAAGAUAAAGCUCACUUAGUUUCUGGCAAACUUCGUGUAAUACUCUCAAAACCAUUAAAAGUGAAAUUUAUAUCCGUCAAAUUAAAAGGAAAAUCAGAGUAUUCAGAUUGGGAAAAUCAAUAUUCUUGCAUAAAUGUAAUUAAACUUGAACAAAUACUAUAUGAAAAGGACGUUCUACCAAGAGGUGUAACAGAUUUUGACUUUGGACUUAAAAUGCCUGGGAAUAUGCCUCAAAGUUAUGUUACUAGUUUUGGUUUGAUUAGAUACAAGCUGAUAGCUGAAGUUCAACCUUCUUCGAUGCUUGCAAAAUGUGAAAGAGUCGAACGAGGUAUUCAUAUUUAUAGACAUUAUUUACCAUGUAGAAGAGAACUCCUACCCGCACCACCUACAAAAGUUUAUAGAGGUCAAAGAAGGAAUAUAUUAAAAUAUGAACUAGAUAUUCCCAAUGUCAUAAGCGUUAACGAGAGAAGUUUAUUAAUUAGAGUUAGACUAUUACCGUUUAGCGUUCAGGGUUAUGUCAAGAAAAUUAUUUUUGAUCUAGUUCAAUCUGAAAAGUAUAGAGUUCAGCCAAGUCAACAAGAUAUAACAUAUUAUGAUAUGGAUAGUACUCAAUUUGUUGGCAAUGUUCAAUUAAGCGCUUCUACUCCAACAAAACGUAAACGAUCUAGUCAAAUAAAACCAACGGUUCUUUCUAUCUCCCGUGAUGAUGAUACUUGGAAUAACCCAUUAACCUAUAAUCUUCCCUUCGUUCAAUAUUCUCGUACCGCUACAUCUGGCACAACUCGUGCGUCUAAGAUAAAAGCGACUAUUGAUUCUCCAUUAAUUCGUGUUAGGCAUAAACUUAGACUUUCAAUGAUUUUUAGAGACGAAACUGAGAAGGAUUUAGAAUUAGGAUUUCCUAUCACUAUCACAACCAUUCCAGAAGAUGAUCAUUCUUCAAUUUUUGGUAUGCUUUGCGAUAAUGGUCUGCCUUCUUACGAUGAUUGUAUAGAAGAUUCUCCUACAAUGGGCUAUGAAGAAUCCGAGGAUUCUAGACCAAUUACUCCUUUAGGUGAAUUAAAUAAUUUGGAUAACAGCUUGAGAUAUCAUUCCAGGAAUAAUUCUAGAAGUAAUUCAAGGAAUCAUUCUAGAAGUAAUUCAAGGAAUCAUUCUAGAAGUAAUUCAAGGGAUAAUUCUAGAAGUAAUUCUAGAGAUCACUCUAGAAGUAAUACUAUGUCAAAUCUCGAUGAUGUAAACAAUGGAUAUAAUGAUGAUAAUUCAUCGAACGGAGGAAAUGGUGCUUCAAAUAGUUCAAUAUUAUCAGAUAAACGUCAACCAACCUUAAAACAUAAAAAGAGUCAACGCUCUUUGGUAGACCGUCUUUUGCACAGAAACGAAAAUAAUUCAAAAACAACUUCUCCACCACUUCCAAGCAUUCCUAUCACUUAUACUACACCGACAUCGCAUCCAAAUUAUAAUAAUUCUUCUACAGAUCAUAAUCGAGCAUUACCAAUUUCUCAUGACCCCCCUUCUUAUUCACCAAUGCGACCUCCUAAUUCUAAUAUCAAUUAUCUAUCUGCAAGGAAUGGAGGCGCAAGUAGAUAUUUAAAUAUGCCUGAUGAAGAUGAUUAUGAGACAAACACGCAUUUAGAGAUUCACAGCGCUCCUAGCAGCCCUAAACUUAGUGGAAUUCCAAUGCCAUUAGGCGACGAUGUUUCAAAUGAAUUAUCUUAUAUCAAUGAUGAAGCUUUUAGUUUAGAAAACAACAGUAAUUUGUUGUCACCACAAAAGAUGAAAAGAAAGUCGCAUAGAAGAUCCGCAAGUUUUGAUUUGGGUAUAAAAAAACCUGAACUUAUGAAUUCUAGAUUUCUUAAUAAUAAUAAACUGAGGACUAGCGGAGAUAAAAAUGAUUUAUUAGGGCUUGGCGUUAGUGGAAUAAAUAUUAAUGUUCAAAUGCCAAGUUGA